GCGCGUCUUCAACCCGCGAAAGGUGGAUCCCGUGUGCAGGUGUACCGAUGGAAACCAGUGUCAGUUUGAUGAUCAUGUAUGAGGAUGAGUCGGUGGAUAUUCGUUACGGAAACGGAGCUCAGAUACAAGUGUCACCGUGUGGCUGUGAAUUCAUGCUGCUAAAACCCGCAGACCCCUCCGGACACCCUCUGCAGCCCGCGGAGAGAGUCCGACAAAGGACAAGGUUCACCAUCAGCACUUACAAGACGUUGAUGGUAGCUGCUUUGGGAUUUAGGAAUAAAUAUGCCAGCAGACCGUAUCUACCAGAGGAACUCAUCCCUGCUGACUGCAAGAAGCCAUUUUUCAGCAUUUACUCAGAGGUGCAGUGGCCUGAAGGGUCUUCCUGUGAUGCUGAGCUAGUACCUGGAGGCGAGACCACCAUCAGGUCGGAGGAGGGAGGAGCUGCGUUGAGGCUGUCGCCCUCCGGUGAGGAAUUCUCCGUCGAGUUCACAUGCAGACUCAGUCAGACCCAGAGUCGGUACAUCAGCAUGCAGGAAUACAGAAGAGACUCUGACAGCAGCUCAGGUAUUCAGCAGCAGCAAGUAAGCAAUCUGAUCUGUCAGACCACCAAUGAGGAGACCAAAGAGGGAAGAGGAAGCAGAAGGAAUGAGUCUAUUAGAUCAAGGUCUUGCUCUCCUCGGAUUACAAGCACUACUCAGCCAACUCAGCCAAAGCCAGAGGAGAUGUACCAAUCCGCCACAGUGGUCCAGCAUCACUCCUGCUGUGCUGUCACCCCCAUCUGGUGCUACCCUCUAUCCUUGGCUCGCCAUCUCUGGACGGCUCGUCUCCCGAAUCCUCAAGAUGUCAGAGCAGAGGGAGCCAGUGAUCUCACUCGGGCACACGGGCGAUCAGACAUGUCAGAUAAAUCCAUUGUAGAGAGAAAGUCGCACCUUCCUCAGGCGCUGCCUCUCACAUGUCCAUCACCUCACUUGCACAGGUGGAAGGUUAAAGACCCCCUGUCCAAAAAGCAAUAUUUAGACCAAGAUCUUCAAACAGAGCUGGUAAAAGUGAUGUGGUGUCAAGGAGUGACGUACAGGAUACUAAGUGGGGUUGUCUCCGUCAUAGAGAUUUCUCCGGGAGAUGGAUCAAUCAUCCGGUCUAAUGGGGCCCUUAAUACUUAUUUUACCCAUUACAAACCUGAGCUCCUGUCAGGGCAGGUGAAAGAGGUGACAUACCAUCUGAACAGCCUUCCUCCUGACGUACCUGGACAGCUGUAUUCUGUAUGCUCUGUUGUGAGUCGUGCAAGCAGGAUCCUUGCUUGCUACAACGAGGCUAAGCAAUCCCUGAAGCUCACUGCCACACCCAGCUGCUUGCAAAAGGACAGACAUUUAUCUGAACCAGCAAUGAUCGAAGAAAAUCUGUCCAAGCCUGUAUCUGUUGAGUAUGUGAAUGUCAUGCAGACAGUAGAAAGUCGGUCAGAUCUUGUAGCUGCAGAACUGGAGAAGAUAAAACGAUUCAACUUUCUGCUGGAGGGCAGCCGCCUGCUGAGAAGUGAGAAAGGAUGUGCAGAAAUGGAAGGUAGCUCUGCAGAAGAGGUGACUCACGGACCAGUGAGUGAGAACUGCAUCGCUGAAGCUCUUCAGAGAACAUCCAAAGCCAUACAGGAUAUUGAUGCUCUCAUAUCUGCAGCCACACUGACUUAAAAGAACCAUGAUUAAUGAUGCAUGUGCCUGACUGUUGAGACUGCAGAUACUGUUUUACUGCUAUAUGUAGAGACUGAAAUAAAGAUUUGUCUUUAUGUCGAUGCUGGCA